GCGGUGCUGCCAUCGCGCCUGCGCACGGCGGUGCCGUGAAUGCGCGGGAAAGAGGUGGAGCGCGCGCGCAGAUCCAGGCAGACCUACCCAGUUCCUGAUCAGGACAGAGGGACCUUGACAACUUCUGUGGCCCAGAUUUCUCAAAGGAGGAAUAAAAUGACCAAGAGGAAAAAGCUUCGGACUUCAGGUGGAGAAGGAAUCCGUCCUCCAAAACUCCCAAAGAACCCAAGGCUAGGAGACUCUGGCAGGCCCCCCCAGAGUUCUGAAUGGGGCUGUUUGUGUCUCCCUGAAGCGUCAGAAGGCAGAUCAGGACCUGUUCCCUCUGCCGAACAGAGGACAGAGGAACCAGUACAGGCAGCCUCCAGCUCUCCUGCUGAGGAAGCACAAGCUCCCGCCGGUCUCCACGGGGAACCAGAAAAGGAGCCAGCACCCCUUCCUCUUUCCCAGAAUUCAGCCAGGAGGUUUGUCCCCCAGUUUGCAAAGUCCAGGAAGACAGUGACAAGACCAGCAGAGUUGAGGGAAGAGGACCUCAGGAGUAGAAUCCCUAAAAUCAGGCAGGAAACACCGCCAGGGCCCAGUAGCCAACAGGCCAGAAGCCGACUGCAAGAGGAGUCACUAGGGCUUGCUUCCUGGGAGGCCAGGGAGCCGGGAGCCCAGACCCAGGUAGACAGCACUCACCCUGAACACAGAGACCAAAACCUCAUGACACCUGUGCCUGAAAGUGGGGAUUCUCCGCCCUCGGCUUCCACCAAUGUCUCUCCAGAACGGGGGAUGGUACCCUUGGCCUCAGAGAGGGCCAGCCAGGACCACCUGUCGGAGCAAGGAACCAACACACCGGAUGGUGAAAGCAGGAAGGGAUGUUGGGUUCUAGGCUAUCAUGGCCAGAAAGGGCUCCUGCUGAGCAGUGAUGCUGAAGAGAAGGAGCCAGACCGAGGAAGCCUCCAGGAAGCAGGUGUCCAAGGGGGAGCAGAGGCUGACCUGCCUGAGGGGCACAGAGAAAAAGGAGACAGUGUCCUGGGUCCCUCCUCCACUCAGGGCCCAGAGCCCGGAUCUGCAGACCAGGCCCUCUCUGACCCCAUGCAGAUACCCAGCAAGACUAGCAGGGAAGCAGAACAGAGCUGUAGUGGCCCAAGUCAUUCCUCCCUUGGGACCGUUGUCAUCACAGACAGGAGGACAGACCCCACUGAGCCAGAACGGAGGGCUCCAGAGGUGGCCAAGCCAGAUGAACAGGCCAACACCAGGGCACCUUCCUCUCCCAGUGGGAAGGCCCCUGAUGGAGGCCACAGUGGGGCCCUGCUCAGCUGCACACUUCUCACUGGGGAGGCAGGAGGCAGAAGGGAGGCAAGGUGGGAAGACAAGCCCCCUGGCAACAUCCUGGGGGGCCCUUUAGGCUCCCUGGCUCUGGAUCGCAGGAUAAAAGAGCCCAUAGUAGGUGCUGGAGAUUCCAGUCUUCUAGCCUCAGAAGUGGGCCCACCUGUUGAUCAAACAAGGGCGCCUGGCCUGGAUGAAGAGGGACUGGGGGGGAUAUGUGCACUGCCUUUGCUGUUGCAGCCUGAGGGUGAAAAAGCAGCUGAGUUAAGGAGCCAGAGCCCUAAAGAAGACCUUGACUGGUUCAAUCUGUCUCUUGGAGCCUUUGCUCCUCCAGUGCACAGAGAAGCAGUGGGUGGCCCUUCCCAGGAGACCAGGGCCUGCCACGACCACCCAGGUGCCCCUGAAGAUCCCACAGGCUGGUCUGAACCCCCUCCUGGCUCUGCAGACCAGGCUCUCUUGGGGGAGUCUCCAGCCAUGGAACCUCACUUCCUGCCAGACAGCCAGAUACGGGAUGCCCUAGAAGUCCCUGACCUUGCAGCCUCACCUGAGCAGAUACUGCAGGAUGAGCAGGAGACAGUGCUACACCUCAGCCAUCAGAGACAGAGCCAUCUGCCAGCACAGAUCAGCCCUUCAGAAAGCACAGGCCCGGCAGGGGACACCAGGUUGUUUCCUCUGGGGAGCAGGCUGGACUCUCGUUGGCCUGGCACAAGCCUACAUGCUGAUGGAGGCCCCCUCACUGACUUCCAGCUGAGGACAUGUGUAGGGAUCAAAGCUUGCGAAGCUGCCAGGAUGGAGGACGCGACAGACACCGUGCGUGGCCUUGUGGUUGAGCUCUCCAACCUGAACCGGCUGAUCAUGAGCACCCACCGGGACCUGGAGGCCUUCAGGCGCCUCAACUACAGGAAGGCAAGGCCAGCAGGGAAAGCGCCGGCACCCUACACAUCAAAGGGAGCUGGGAAUCUCCCUCCAGGGGAGCGAUCCUGGAGGGAUUUGUAGAUUACUUCCAGACCACCUCAGGAGCGCCCUGUGCGCACACUUGUGUGCAAGCUCACAGUGCCUAUGCGUGUUUCCUCUGCGCUGGCCCCCAGAAGUGCCUGGUACUCCUGCCAAACAGCUGGAAACAAUCCCUCAGCAGACCCCGGAAAGCCUGCAGGCCGUGUGUGCCCCCUGGUUUACCCUAGAAGAUGCUCCAGCGUUUCCCCAGUGGGCCCCAGAAACCUUCCCUCAGCCUACCCAGAAGUCAGCUUUCCAUGGGAAACACAGGAGGCCAGGCCCCAGUCAAUAGCCUCCCUUGGGAGUUGGUACGGAAGGGGACCUGCUCCUCCCUGGGGCUGCAGCAAAGGCCAGAGGCAGGAGGCUGGAGGCUGACUGUGCCCCCAACACUCAGAAAGCCAGCUGCUCUGAGCAGGGCCUAGAGCGGCCCGGAUGUUUAUCUGGAUUUGCAAAUUUCAGUUCUUCAGCUCAGGUUAUGGGAGGUUCAGAAUUUGUUUCUUUCCUGGAGGAGAAAAGGGUUCCCUUUGUUGGCAGUACCUCUGUUUUUCUCCAGAUUUCCAUUUUAUUUGUUCUGGUUAGAGCAUUAAUAAAUGAUUCCCUAGUGUG